CAGCGCAACGCAUCACUAAUGGCUCCGUUCUUGGUGGCUAUUUUCUUGCUCGGCCUUUCAUCCCUGACCACCGGCGCCAACUUCAAUCAAGUCUUCCAGUGGGAUGAAUUGGACUACGAGUGGCCCUCCGAGGCCAAAAGGACACAGGCCUUGGAAAAUGGAAGCUUCAAACCAGAAAAUAUGCUUCCUCUCUACAUAGCUCUGCACGGAACAAGACUCUUCAUUAGCCUGCACAAAGAAAAUGGCGUCCCGGCCACUCUGGUGUCUUUGCCGACGGGCAGCGCGUCCUCCGCACCACCGAAGCUCACUCCGUUCCCUUCCUGGGACAUGCAUCUCAAUGGAACAGGAAACUGCAGCAAGAUCCGGUUCGUAGAAGGGCUUCAAGUGGACUCCGUUGGAAGGUUGUGGGCGCUCAACCUAGAAAGCCCCGACUGCAAUACCACACUAAUGAUUUUCAACUUAAACACCGACGAAAUCGAACUCAUUCAUCGGUUUCCGUCAAGCGAACCGAUAAACGACUUUGUGAUCGACGAAACGGCCAGCGGAACCUUCGCCUACAUCUCGCGGUCGGGUGGACAACGCAUUGUCGUCUUUAGUUUGGAAAGAAAUGAAUCUUGGACAGUGGACACACCAGGAAUCGAGGAAUCGUCCGCUGCCCUGUCCCUUAAGGAGGAACAGCUCUACCUUGGCAACAUGGACUCCAAAGAAUUGUUUUCAAUUCCUGUCGCCGCUCUCCGCAACGGAACUCGAACUUCGAAUCCUAAACUAAUCGGAAAGUGGACUGGAAAACCAUACAAAAUGCUGAUUGACAACCACGGGACCAUGUACGCCACCUUUGAUCGGGAAAACUACAUUUCCUCUUGGAUCACUGCCCAGCCAUUUCAGGAGCAGCGUUUUCACGAGGUCACUGGACUGAAUUUUUCUUGGCCGUAUACUUUGGCCUUGGACCAAAAUGGAACUCUUUGGGUGACAGUGUUUGAUCAAAAUAGGAAGCCAAAAUACAGGCUUUUGAAAGCUGCAGUUGGAGGAAAAUCCUUCAAAGCCGCGGCAUGAUGCUCUAGUUCGUGACAAGGUCGGGAGAAUUCCGUUGCAAGGUUGGAUGGAAGGGCGAAAAUCGCAACCAAAACCUGACCAACUUCCAUAAAGCUCUGUGACCUCGGAAAAAAAUAGACUAGUAGUAGUUGGAUAAUAAAUGUUUUCAGGGAAA